AUCUGGGAAAGAAUUCAGAAAGGAAAAUUCAACAAACCUGUUAAGUAGGCAAAUAGUUGCAACACAAUAUUAACUAACCAAAAGCUGUCCACACCUACCAUAACUACAACUACUACUCUCCCUCUGCUCCUCUACUCCUCAACCUCCAUCUCUCUCUCUCUCUCUCUCUCUCUCUCUCUCUCUCUCUCUCCCUCUCUUAGCUCUGAAAAUGGAGGUUUUGAACUCCUGGGACCAAUGGGUCGAGGAGUCUCUUUCAAAGCUUGAAGCUUUGCAACUCCUUCGUUCUCUCAGACCCAUUUACCUCCGCAAUGAACCACAAAAUCCCAUUGGAGAUGAAUACCAAAAAGCCUCAAAACCCAUUGAAGAUGACUUCGAGGUGUUUGACAAAAUGCAGCCGUUUGACCGGUCCUCUGUGGAGGUUGAGAUUUCGGAGCCCACAUUUCUCAAAUGGGUUCAUGAAGUUACCAGUUCCGGUGAUGAGGCUGUCUGCAGAGAUGAUUUAGGUGACCAUAAAUCAGAGUCGUGUCCUCGGCGAUUCAAAAAGUUACUUUUGUUCUCUGGAAAUGACUAUUUGGGCUUGAGUUCACAUCCUACUAUUGGCAAGGCUGCUGCAAAGUUUCAAAAUCAGGCAGCGCAAGAACACGGAAUGGGUCCCAGAGGUUCUGCUCUUAUAUGUGGAUAUACCAAUUAUCAUGGGAUGCUGGAAUCAUGUUUGGCAGACUUGAAGAAGAAAGAGGAUUGCCUUCUUUGUCCCACCGGGUUUGCAGCCAAUAUGGCCACGAUGGUAACGUUAGGAAAUGUUAGCUCUCUGCUGGCUUCUGGCAGAAAACCUUUGCAGCAUGAAAGAGUUGCUAUUUUUUCUGAUGCCCUGAAUCAUGCAUCAAUAAUUGAUGGUAUUCGUCUUGCUGAGCGGCAAGGCAGUGUAGAGGUGUUCAUCUAUAGACAUUGCAACAUGACUCACCUUAAUGCAUUGUUAUCAAGUUGCACAAUGAGGAAGAAAGUUGUUGUGACUGAUAGCUUGUUUAGUAUGGAUGGAGACUUUGCACCAAUGAUUGAGCUUGUGAAACUACGCAAGAAGUAUGGAUUUUUGUUAGUUAUUGAUGAUGCUCAUGGAACAUUUGUUUGUGGAAAAAGUGGUGGUGGAGUGGCUGAAGAGUUCAACUGUGAAAAAGAUGUUGACAUAUGCAUUGGCACUCUGAGCAAGGCUGCAGGUUGCCAUGGUGGUUUCAUAGCUUGCAGUAAAAAGUGGAAGCAACUCAUACAAUCAAGGGGCCGCUCUUUUAUAUUUUCAACUGCUUCACCAGUACCCAUUGCUUCUGCUGCCCAUGCAGCUGCUGUUAUUGUGGCAAGAAAGGAGACUUGGCGUAGAAGGGAAAUAUGGGAUCGGGUUCGGGACUUCCGUGCUCUAACUGGAAUCCCCAUCUCAAGUCCCAUAAUAUCUCUUAUUAUAGGGAGUGAAGACAAGGCUCUGGAAGCCAGCCGGCAUUUGCUGAGAUCCGGUUUCCAUGUGACCGCAAUCAGACCCCCAACAGUGCCACCCAACUCAUGCAGGCUUCGAGUUACUUUGUGUGCAACACACACGAGGGAUGAUUUGAAGAGGCUCACAGCUGCACUUUCCCGGUGCAUCAAUUUUCAAGAUAUUAGCAUCAACGGUUCAAAUGUAUAUGCAAGGAUGUAGGUCUUCAUUCUUUACAGUUAAUUUCUUCUAGUCCUUGAUGGUAGCAGCCUACGUUGGAAGUUGCUAAUCAUAUCAAUUUGAUUUUAGAAGCAAAAAUCGUUUCAAUUGUUGAAUAACUUUGAAAUUUUGAAAUUACAAAACAAUUUUUUUUUAGUUACCUGAUCGUUCAACGGUUAGUUUUGUCUAUUCGCUGUACUAAAAGCAGUAAAGCAGCACCCAUUACAAGUUUGCAGGUUUAGGAACGAUAUUAAUAUGAGAAAUUCACGGCCACUCUUAUUUUUUAUUUUUGUUUGAGAGAAACUGUCAAUAGUUUCAUUAUUUGAUAAAUAAAAUUGUUUGAAUAUUCUAUUUA